UUAUCUCAAGAUAUGUAGAGUACACUCCCUUUCAUAUAUUUUUUCUUAUUUACGAUUUUGUUGUUCCUUUCAGUUCUGUUAUCCCACAUCAGACUUGCAUUUACAGUACUUCCUCUGACGACUUUUUGCAUUACGAGCGUCGCAUUAGACUUAUAUUUGAGAAUUUAUUAAGUGAUGCUGGUUGCAAAAAGAGGGUUUGGCCUUGAGACCUCAGCCGCCAUGUCUACCACGACUUCGACAACCACCACAUCUACUUCUCCCUCCACAAAGCGCCAUCAUCACGAGCAUGAUGACGUGGUGGAUACACCGCGAAAGAGGAGACAGACAAUUCAAAAGGAGGCAAAUGUGGAAAGUUUCCAGGUUACGCACCAGGAAGUCCUGCUCCUCCAUGGUGUGAAGCAGCCAUAUACACAUACUACCAAGUAUGAGAUCCCACAAAUAAAAACCGACACAGAGAUGUUGGUGAAAGUUAAUGUCAUUGGACUGAACCCGAUUGACUGGAAAGCAUCGGACUUUGGUUGGGGACUCCCAGCCUUACCAUGUAUCUCUGGGCGCGACCUGGCCGGCACAGUUGUCAAGACGCCAAAGCGAGAAUCCCGCUUUAAAGUGGGAGACAAGGUCAUCGCCGUCUCAACCGACUACCGCGAUAACCGCAAGUCCGCAUACCAAGAAUACGCCAUCGCCUCCGAACACAACGUCUGCCGUCUUCCCCCCUCAAUCUCCGCCCUAGAUGCUGCGCCUGUAGGAGUCGCCUAUGUGGCCGCGGCACUCAUGUUGGGUGUGUGCAUCGGGCUCGAUUUCUCACACGUAAAUGGACCAGAUCUAUAUACCAUUUCGAGGAAGCUGGACCCCGAAAGCGUGCCAAAGGAUAUCAAAGACGAGGUCUUCAACAGCAACAUAACGCCUGCCUUGCGGCCGAAGAAAGGAGACUGGCUAGCUAUCUGGGGUGGUAGUAGCGCGACUGGGUGCAUCGCACUGCAAUUAGCCAAACUCGCUGGGCUGCGCGUCGUGUGCAUCCUCGACGUCGCGCGGAACGGGGCACGCAUGCUGAAACUGGGCGCGGAUCUUCUCAUCGAUCGCUUGGAUACGGAACGUGCGGUUGAGAUUGUACGAAGCGUCACGGGGGGUCAACUUACUUGGGGAAUCGAUACACGUGGGAAGGAGAGCGCGGGACUGCUCGCGAGGGCGAUGGCCUCACCUUCUGACGCCAAAGCAGAGGGUGAUAAUGACAAGGGCAAGGCAUUGGGACACCUCGUCGCCCUCACGGGCCGUCCGUCCUCACCAACCCCAGGCAUCCAGUACCACACGCUCCCUAUCAAACUAUUCCACGAGGCAGCGCCUGUGGGCGAGGCACUAAUGGUGUGGCUGGAAAGACUAUUUGAAGAAGGGAAGCUCCAUCCGCCGCCAAUUGAGGUUGCCACAGGCGGGUUGCAAGGGGUGAAUGGUGCGCUGGACCGGCUGAGAGAGGGGGCGGCUGGGGGAGAGAGGAUUGUUGUGCCAUUAACUUGAGUGGGGUAGAUGAAUUCAUGACACGAAAAUGGAGUCCCGCAUUAGAUUUGGGGCAUAUACGACUUGGCAUACUUAGCAUAUUCAUAAAAUAUAGACG